UGGGGGUCUCUGCACCUCUCAUUUCUCUCCACCUGCCUCCUCCCUCACCGCAGAGUUAGCGGGUACCCAUCCUUUUCCGCUCGGGCAUCCCCACCACCACCCCCAUCUUCACCACUUAUUAUUCUUAUCUGUCCCCUCCUCUCCCCACCCUCUCCUCUCUCUUCUCUCUGCCCCUUUAAAUCUGCCUGGCCCAGCCUCCCCCGUGAUGCUGGGAUGGAGCAAACAUUGAUUUGUGCUGGGAUGGAAUCGGAAUUUUGAUUUUUUUUCCUCUCCCAACCAUAAGAAGAAAAAAAUAAUAAAAACACCUCCUCUUGAUAGCCCCCUCCCCCUUCUCAUCCAGCUCCCAGCUCCUCUUCUCUAUCUCCAUCCAAGGCAGGAUUUUUCCCCCUUACACUAUUCUAAUCUCCCCCCACCCCUGCCACUACCUCAGUCCCCACCCCACUAGCCUGCUCUUCCAGCUGGGGAGAGAGGGGACUCUCCCACAGCUCCUCCACUUUCCUUCUCUGGGUUGGAGCAGUCUCUCCGGAAGAGGAGGGGGCUUGGCUUGUCCGGGUGAGGUGGGAGUGGAGGUAUCCUGCCAUGGAUGCUGUGCCUGGGAGGCAGCCUGAGCCCCAGCUCACAUGCCACUCAGGAUGAGGGUCCGGCCCUGCCUGCCCGCGCUGGGGCCCCUCCGCCCAGCCCCGGUCUAACUGCCCCCGCCCCCAGGCCUCGCCCGGCCCCCAAGCCCCCAGCCGGUUCUCCAGCCCCAGGAUGCGCUGAGCCGCUGGGGGGCUGAGGCCGCGCCAACUACAUGCAUGUCCCCCGGGGGCAAGUUCGACUUUGACGACGGGGGCUGCUACGUGGGGGGCUGGGAGGCGGGGCGGGCACAUGGCUACGGCGUGUGCACCGGGCCUGGCGCCCAGGGCGAGUACAGCGGCUGCUGGGCGCACGGCUUCGAAUCAUUGGGCGUCUUCACCGGGCCCGGCGGACACAGCUACCAGGGCCACUGGCAACAGGGCAAGCGCGAAGGGCUGGGCGUGGAGCGCAAGAGCCGCUGGACGUAUCGCGGCGAGUGGCUGGGCGGGCUGAAGGGGCGCAGCGGCGUGUGGGAGAGCGUGUCCGGCCUGCGCUACGCCGGGCUCUGGAAGGACGGCUUCCAGGACGGCUACGGCACCGAGACCUACUCCGACGGAGGCACCUAUCAGGGCCAGUGGCAGGCUGGGAAGCGCCACGGCUACGGGGUACGACAGAGUGUGCCCUACCAUCAGGCGGCGCUGCUGCGCUCGCCCCGCCGCACCUCCCUGGACUCGGGCCACAGCGACCCCCCGACGCCGCCCCCACCCCUGCCCCUACCAGGCGACGAGGGAGGCAGCCCAGCCUCGGGCUCCCGGGGUGGCUUCGUGCUGGCCGGGCCAGGGGACACCGACGGCGCGUCCUCCCGAAAACGCACACCUGCGACUGGUGGAUUCUUCCGCCGAUCACUGCUGCUCAGUGGGCUCCGGGCGGGCGGGAGGCGCAGCUCCCUGGGCAGCAAGCGGGGUUCCCUUCGAAGCGAAGUGAGCAGCGAGGUGGGCAGCACAGGACCCCCAGGCUCCGAGGCCAGUGGGCCCCCAGUCCCAGCACCUCCUGCCCUCAUCGAGGGCUCGGCCACUGAAGUGUACGCAGGCGAGUGGCGUGCUGACCGGCGCAGUGGCUAUGGCGUGAGCCAACGCUCCAACGGGCUGCGCUACGAGGGCGAGUGGCUGGGUAACCGGCGGCACGGCUACGGGCGUACUACCCGCCCCGACGGCUCCCGUGAGGAGGGCAAGUACAAGCGCAAUCGGCUGGUGCACGGGGGCCGUGUUCGCAGCCUCCUGCCUCUGGCCCUGCGGCGGGGCAAAGUCAAGGAGAAGGUGGACAGGGCUGUUGAGGGCGCCCGUCGAGCCGUGAGUGCUGCCCGCCAGCGUCAGGAGAUCGCCGCUGCCAGGGCAGCAGAUGCCCUCCUAAAGGCAGUGGCAGCCAGCAGUGUCGCAGAGAAGGCUGUGGAGGCAGCGCGGAUGGCGAAACUGAUAGCCCAGGACCUUCAACCCAUGCUGGAGGCCCCAGGUCGCAGACCCAGGCAGGAUUCGGAAGGUUCGGACACAGAGCCCUUGGAUGAGGACAGCCCUGGGGUGUGUGAGAAUGGACUGACCCCUUCAGAAGGCUCUCCUGAGCUGCCCAGCAGUCCUGCCUCCUCCCGCCAACCCUGGCGACACCCUGCCUGCCAGAGCCCACUGCCUCCUAGAGGGGACUGGGGUCCCUUCUCCAGCCCCAAAGCUUGGCCUGAGGAAUGGGGGGGGCCAGGUGAGCAGGCAGAGGAACUGGCUGGUUAUGAGGCUGAGGAUGAGGCUGGGAUGCAGGGCCCAGGGCCCAGAGACGGUUCACCUCUCCUCGGAGGCUGCAGUGACAGUUCAGGAAGCCUUCGAGAGGAAGAGGGGGAAGAUGAAGAGCCCAUGCCCCAGCUGAGGGCCCCAGGAGGCUCGGAGCCUGACCCUGUUACCAUGCCGGUCCUGAGGGGCCCAUCUUCGAGGGGUCCUGAUGCCGGGUGCCUGAUGGAAGAGUUUGAAGAGCCUGCUGCGACUGACAGGCCUGCCCAGCGGGGAGCUGCCAACCCCCUGGUGGUGGGAGCCAUAGCCCUCCUGGACCUCAGCCUGGCGUUCCUGUUCUCCCAGCUCCUCACCUGAGGCUACUUCCUGGCCAAGCUCUGGCUUUGGUUGCCUGCCUCUUCACCCCUUUGACCUGCCUUUUUCUCUUUUCCUCCCCCUAGUUGUUUUUGUUCCUAUAUUUCCUUCUCCUUUUCCUUUCUCUUCUGUCCUACUUUAUUUUUGUUUCUUGCUUUUUCCUUCCCUCUCUUCUUUCAGCUUAUCUCAUUUACUCUAGAUCUGUGUCUGUCUUCCUCACUCCCUUCCCCACCUCAACCCCCUCUUUCUCUAGAUUGUUUACAUAUGAAGGGCUUUUCUCUCUCAGAGUUGCCGUCUUCUCUGAGACACAUAAAUCUAAGUCAGACCAUUGCCCCCACACCUUUUCCACCUUUUCUUUAAACCUAAAUUUCACCAAGGUGUCCUGAGGAGUCUCCUAAAAGCUGAGCGCAGAGGAGGAAAACAAUGGAGAAGGGAGUGAUUAAAUGCUGGACAGGGUGCUGGCUGAGCCACUGUGGCUUCCUGGCCCAAGCUGAAAAGGCUGAAGGAGGUGCCACCUCCACCUGUCACCUUGGAGGACAGUGUCUCCCCUCCCAGCACCCAGUUAGGUUCUUGGCUCACUGAUCCUUCCCAGAGGGAGAAAAAGGAACGUGAACAAUAGAAUAACUCCCUAGAUCUCCCUCUUUCUUUCCUCAACAGCCAGCCUAUCUUCCAACCCCCUGUAAUGGCAUGCCAUGCCAUGCCAUGCCAAGAACAAUGUGUAAAGGAACAAAAACUAUCCAAUGCAGCCAAGCCCACCCCCUCAGACCUUACCACUACCCUCUCUACCCUUAUGUGUUCCCCUAAAAGUUUAUUUGGUUGGUCUGGACUCACUUGUGGCCUUUGAUUAAAUUCCUAAGGGGCCUAAAAGAAGACACUUCAACUGCAGAGUGCUAGAGGCAUUUGAGCAAGGAUACCACUCCCCAACUCUGACAGUUGUGGUGGGGGGAGGCACUUCUGGGGGAUGGAAACAAGAGCUCACAGGGCAGCAGAAGCUGUGACAGUCUAGUAGGCCCCGUGGGUUUUGUCCCUUCCCCCAUCACAUCAGAAUCUCCUGAAAUGAGAAAACAACAGAAGGAGGGGAUCCAAGGAAGCUGAUCUCUCCCACACUUCCCAGGCAGGGCAGAGGUGGGAGUCAAAUCCAGGGUGAGAGGUGGGUGGAGAGACCUGUUUGAGGUUGUGGCUGAUCCCUGGUACUAGCUUUCCCCCUGGGGGUAGGAAGCCCUAGGAAGAGGGGAAUAUGGGGUCCCCAGGGGAUUUUUCCUCCCUCCCCUGCAUGAGGCAGAGACAAACUGCCUGCCAACCCCCUCCCUUGAGAAAUGGCCUUGCCCGGGAAUGCCCACCACAUAUACCCUCUUCUUUUUUCUAGUCAAACUCUGUUUACUCCUUGGCCUGCCUCCCUCCUUCCUCCCCUCUCAACCUUUACUUCUGAUUUCUAUUUCAUGGAAUUUGGGAUUGAAGUUAUACAACAGUGCCGCCAACACCAAGUCUUGCAGGAAAAAAAAAUACAAAGAAAUUUAACAAAAAAAAAAUAUAUUAAUAAAAAAGUUCAAAAAAGGG